CGAAGAAGAAGGAAGUAAACAUCAACACGGAAGUGAAAAGAAAGAACGACGAUCACGAGAACUGUUUUACUAUUUAUUUCCAUUUAUUAUUUCUUUACUGUAAGCGCUAAACAUUUUAUGCAGUGACUUCCACAUGCGUGUAUUAUAUGACUGUAUAUCGCUUUUAAGUAAGUGAUGGAGGGCUCCAAGACGUCGAGCACAACGAUGCAAGUUAGUUUCGUUUGUCAGCGGUGCUGCCAGCCCCUCAAACUCGACACGUCUUUCAAUGUACUGGACCGGGUCACCAUCCACGAACUGAUUGCUCCACUGGUGACUGUCACGCCCAGCAAACAGGCAGAUUGUGCUGAAGGAGACUCAACGUCAGAGGAGACCUUUGUAGAAAACAAGCAAGAUGGCGUGUCAAGAAAAUACAUCCCACCGGCACGGAUGAUGUCCACAGAGAGUGCAAACAGCUUCACUUUGCUAGGAGACGCUUCCGAUGGUGGUACUAUGGAAAAUCUAAGCCGCAGACUCAAGGUGACAAGUGACCUGUUUGACAUCAUGUCCGGUCAGACUGAUGUGGACCACCCACUGUGUGAGGAAUGUACCGACACUCUGCUGGACCACCUGGAUACACAGCUUAACAUCACUGAGAAUGAAUGUCAGAAUUACAAGCAGUGUCUGGAGCUCCUCUCCCAGCUGCCAGUGGAGGACGAGGAGACGCUCUUGAGCGAGCUGCAGCAUCUAAAGGAGGAGGAGGCGGCGCUAGUGCAGCAGCUGGAGGCUGUGGAGGAGCAGCGGGCCGGCGUGGCCCAAGAGCUCACGCAGAGCCGAGCGCAGGCUCAACAGCUGGAGACUGAGGAACUGCAAUACCAAAAGGAGUACAGUGAGUUCAAACGCCAACAGCUGGAACUAGACGACGAACUGAAGAGCGUCGACAACCAGAUGCGUUACUGUCAGAUUCAGCUGGACCGACUCAAGAAAACCAAUGUCUUCAAUGCCACUUUUCACAUCUGGCACAGCGGGCAGUUCGGCACCAUCAACAACUUCCGACUGGGUCGACUUCCCAGCGUGCCAGUAGAAUGGAAUGAGAUCAAUGCAGCUUGGGGGCAAACAGUGUUGCUGUUGCAUGCAUUGGCUAACAAGAUGGGGCUGCGUUUUCAGAGGUAUCGCCUUGUGCCAUAUGGAAACCAUUCCUACUUGGAGUCCCUUAUAGACAAGUCAAAGGAACUUCCACUGUAUUGUUCAGGUGGCCUGAGGUUCUUCUGGGACAAUAAGUUUGACCACGCAAUGGUGGCUUUCCUGGACUGCGUGCAGCAAUUUAAAGAUGAGGUGGAAAAAGGUGACACUGGCUUCUGUCUUCCAUACAGGAUGGACGUCGAGAAGGGCAAGAUUGAGGACACUGGUGGAAGUGGCGGCUCCUACUCUAUCAAGACGCAGUUUAACUCUGAGGAGCAAUGGACAAAAGCGCUUAAGUUUAUGCUCACCAACCUUAAAUGGGGGUUGGCUUGGGUUACUUCACAGUUCUACAACAGAUAAAAUUUGAAAAAGAGAAGACAUGAAGAUGGAACAGAGUUGGAGAAAUUGUACCUUAUGAUUUGGUCCCGUCAUACUCUUCCCUUCAAAAGUGAAUGUAACUGUUCCUGAAACUUACACGUAUCACUAGGCAACUAUUGAAGUGAGUUGAAGAGCCUCAUACAAAGGUAGUUCCCAGUUUUGAACAUACAUUGCCGUAACUUCCCAUGGAAAUUUACUGGUUAAGUUGGUGUCUCUAAAGCAGAGGUGAGGAAACCUAGCCCCAAAACAAUACACAGAAUUGCAUUUAAAAACGUUGCAUCUUGUCAUGUAUUAAGGCGAACCUAAAAGUGAAAAGCAUGUUCCCCAGCACUGUGAAAGUAUUUUUAAAAAUUGCACUGAAAGCUGAUACAAUAACUUGUUAAACAUUAUUUGGGGGGGGG